AUGAUUCCAUCUCAAUUAGCCAUAGUAAGAAGAAGGAAGAAGAGACAAAUUGAAUUACUACUACUUCUCUUGGUUGUUAACAAUGUCGUCACACUCAUGUACUUGGUGAUGUGUAUGAUGGGUGUAAUUGUUUAUGAAAUUGAACGACCACGUUAUAGCAAAAGUGAGAAGAAACACCUUAGACAAAAGCACUUGGAUGCACUAAUCAAGGAUAGUGAUAUAGUCUGUAAAAGUGAACUUCGUGUGAAUAGAAAAACCUUUUAUGUCCUUUGUGAGAUGGUCAGAGAUGUCGGUGGUUUAAAUGGCACUCGAAAUAUGUCUUUGGAGGAAAUUGUAGCUAUGUUCUUGUACACUUUGGCACAUCAUUUGAAAAAAAGGACAAUUAGAAGUCAUUUCUUUCGAAGUGGAGAAAGUGUUAGUAGAAACUUCCACCGAUGUCUUCUUGCCGUGUUAAAACUACAUACUCACUUGCUAAAAAAGCCGACACCUAUAACAGAAGAUUGUGAAGUGGAUAGAUGGAAAUGUUUUAAGAAUUGUUUAGGAGCCUUAGAUGGCACUCAUAUUAGUGUUCAUGUGCCAAGUGAGGAUAGAGCAAGAUAUCGGACAAGGAAAGGUUCUAUUGCUAUGAAUGUGUUAGGUGUAUGUAACCCUAAUUUGGAAUUCAUAUAUGUUCAACCUGGUUGGGAAGGAUCCGCUCAUGAUGGUCGUGUCCUUCGAGAUGCUAUUACUAGGCCUAAUGGUUUAAAAGUGCCACAAGGUUCCUACUAUUUGGUAGAUGCAGGAUACACGAAUUGUGAAGGGUUUUUAGCACCAUAUAGAGGAAGGUGGGGUAUUCUUAGGACCCCAUCCUUCUAUCCAAUAUGUACUCAUGGGCGUAUAGUUCAAGCAUGUGUACUAUUACACAAUCUUAUUCGAAAACAUAUGCCAACAGAUUACACAAUGUAUUGGGAUUCCGAUAGUGAAGAAGGUGAAAGUGAUGAUGAGGGCCUAGAUGAUGAAGUUGAGUUGAUUACUCAAAUAGCUACUACGGAUGCUUGGACUACUUAUCGGAAUAACUUAGCACAAAAUAUGUUUAAUAAUUGGAGACUUAGGCAUAGUAGCCAAACAUAA